AUGCACGGUGGUGGCUUGCCGUUGCUAUCUUCGUUGGCACGACGAUUUCUGGCGACGCCAGGCACAAGCGUCCCUUUAGAAACCGCUUUUUCUGUGUCGAGCUUUAUUGGUCGGAAAGAACGCUGUCGGUUAACACCGGACAAUCUUUCUGCAACAGUGUUUCUUAGGGAUAAGAUUUUAACAACAUACUAUCCACGUGAUGGGCACAAUAAACAUUCGAAUCUCUCUCGAAUCUCGGUUCUAAACUCAGUUUUCGGCGAACGAAUUCGAAUCCAAUCGAAUCUGGGAUUCGCCGAUAACAAACCCUAUCGAACAUUGGAUUUGCAAAUCCGAACCCACACGAAUUCAAACCCGUGGGAAUCGAAUCUAACCGAAUCCUCAUGGAACCGAGAUCGAAUCCUCGGUUCCGAUUCGGAUUCGGUGCAUCCCUAUUCACCAGCGUUGAUGUGA